UUUGAAAGUUGGCGGCUGGUCUAGAGGUGGCUGGUUUGUGAGGGAGUUAGGUGCAUGCUCUUCUUUUGUCCCGGAUCCCCCUCUGGUCGCUUCGAUACCUCUAAAGGCAGGUUGCAGAAGGAAACCCAGGCGGUCUGCGUCUCCGAGGAAAGGCCCGCAGGAGGACGAGGUUCUGAGCCGGGAAUGCAGGAUGGAGGCGAAGAAGAAGGAAGCGGGUGCUCUGAGUGAAGCCAUGUCCCUGGAGGGAGAUGAAUGGGAGCUGAGUAAAGAAAAUGUGCAACCCUUAAGGCAAGGGCGGAGCAUAUCCACACUUCAGGAAGUACUGGCGCAGCAAGAACUGGCCCGUAACACUACUCUACAGCAGCAGAAAUGGGCAUUUGAAUCUGAAAUUCGAUUUUACACGGGAAAUGACCCUCUGGAUGUUUGGGACAGGUAUAUUAACUGGACAGAGCAGAACUAUCCUCAGGGAGGGAAGGAAAGUAAUAUGUCAACAUUAUUAGAAAGAGCCGUAGAAGCACUACAAGGGGAAAAAAGAUAUUAUAAUGAUCCUCGAUUUCUUAGUCUCUGGCUUAAACUGGGGCAUUUAUGUAAUGAGCCUUUGGAUAUGUACAGUUAUUUACACAACCAAGGGAUUGGCAUUUCACUUGCUCAGUUCUACAUUUCAUGGGCUGAAGAAUAUGAAGCCAGGGAAAACUUUAAGAAAGCAGAUAUGAUAUUUCAGGAAGGGAUUCAACAGAAGGCUGAACCACUGGAAAGACUGCAGUCCCGGCACCGACAAUUCCAAGCUCGAGUGACUCGGCAAACUGUGUUGGCACUUGAGAAAGAAGAAGAGGAGGAAGUUUUUGGAUCCUCUGUACCACAACGAAGUACACUGGCGGAACUUAAAAGCAAAGGGAAAAAGACAGCAAGAGCUCCAAUCAACCGUGUAGGAGGUGCUCUGAAGGCUCCAAACCAGAACAGAGGACUCCAAAAUCCAUUUCCUCAGCCAGUGCAAAGUAAUUCUAGAAUCAGUAUUUUUGAUGAAAAUGCUGAUGAGGCUUCUAUAGCAGAGCUGUCUAAGCCUGCAGCGCAGCCAUGGACAGCACCCCCUGUGUCCAGGGCCAAAGAAAACGAGCUGCAAGCAGGCCCUUGGAACAUGGGCAGGCCUUUGGAACACAGGCACCAUGGCAGCACAGCUUCUGUGACAGCCGUACCCUCUACGCUUCCCAGUUUUACUCCAUAUGUGGAAGAGACUGCACAACAACCUGUUAUGACACCAUGCAAAAUUGAACCCAGUAUAAACCAUAUUCUAAGCACAAGAAAGCCUGGAAAGGAAGAAGGUGAUCUCCUGCAAAGAGUUCAAAGCCAUCAGCAAGUAUCUGAGGAGAAGAAAGAGAAGAUGAUGUACUGCAAGGAGAAGAUUUAUGCAGGAGUGGGAGAGUUCUCCUUCGAAGAGAUCCGGGCUGAAGUUUUCCGGAAGAAAUUAAAAGAGAAAAGGGAAGCUGAGCUACUGACCAGUGCAGAGAAGAGAGCAGAAAUGCAGAAGCAAAUUGAAGAGAUGGAGAAGAAACUAAAACAAAUUCAAACUACUCAGCAAGGAAGAACGGUUGAUCAGCAGGAAGAAAAGAUGCCUACAAAGGAGAGAGCUGAUGUGCGGAUUGCUUCUGAGCCUCAGGAAAUACCAGGAAUGACUCUGUCCAAUUCUGUUUGUCCAGUAAAUUUUUGUGCCAGGGAAACUUCAUUUGCAGAAAACGUUUGUCAAGAACAACCUCACGCUAAAGGUUCCAGUAUACCUUUCUCCAUUUUUGAUGAGUUUCUUUCAGAAAAAAAGAAUAUCAGUCCUCCUGCAGAUCCCUCACGGGUUUUAGUCCAACGAAGACCCCUUGCAGUCCUCAAAACUUCAGACAGCAUCACCUCAAGUGAGGAUGUAUCUCCAGAUGUUUGUGAUGAAUUAACAGGAAUUGAGCCCUUGAGUGAGGAUGCUAUUAUCACAGGUUUCAGGAAUGUAACUAUUUGUCCUAACCCAGAAGACACUUGUGACUUUGCUCGAGCUGCUCGUUUUGUAUCAACUCCUUUUCAUGAGAUAAUACCCUUGAAGGAUCCUUCUGAUCCAGAGAGACUGUUGCAGGAAGAGGAUCUCGAUGGGAAGACCUCUGAGGACCAGCCAACUGCUUGUGGCACUGUCUACAAUCCAACUCUCAGCACCAAGAAGCUGAGCCCAAUUAUUGAAGACAGCGGUGAGGCCACACAGUCCUCUGGGUUGUCUGGAUCUUCUGCCUCGGUUAUAAGCACCUCCUCUAUCAAAUGUCUUCAAAUUCCCGAGAAACUGGAGCUUACUAAUGAAGCCACAGAAAACCCCAUUCAGUCACCCUGGUGUUCACAGUAUCGUAGACAACUACUAAGAUCCCAACCAGAGCUGAGUGCUUCUGCGGAGUUUUUUGUAGAAGAUAGAUCAAUGCCUGAAUUGGAAGUAGAGAAGGAAAUUGAGUUAGGUAAUGAGGAUUAUUGCAUUAAACAAGAAUACCUAAUAUGUGAAGAUUACAAAUUGUUCUGGGUGACACCAAGGAACUCUGCAGAAUUAACCUUAAUAAAGGUGUCUCCUCAAACUGUCCCAUGGGACUUUUACAUCAACCUGAAGUUGAAAGAACGUUUGAAUGAAGAGUGCGAUCAUCUGUGCAGCUACUAUCAGUACCAGGACGGCUGUAUUGUUUGGCACCAGUACACAGACUGCUUCACCCUUCAGGAUCUUUUUCAACACAGUGAAUUUAUUACCCGUGAAAUAACAGUGCUGAUUGUUUAUAACCUUUUGACAAUAGUGGAGAAACUACACAAAGCAGAGAUAGUCCAUGGUGACUUGAGUCCAAGGAGUCUGAUUUUUCGAAACAGAAUCUACGAUCUCUAUGAUUGUGAGAAGAACAAUCAAGCUUUGAACAUAGUGGACUUUUCCUACAGCGUUGACCUGAGAGCACAGCUGGACGUUUUCACCGUCAGCGGCUUUCGGACGGUGCAGACCCUGGAAGGACAAAAGAUCCUGGCCAGCUGCUCUUCGCCCUGCCAGGUAGAUCUGUUGGGUAUAGCAGAUUUAGCACAUUUACUGUUGUUCAAGGAGCACCUACAGGUCUUCUGGGAUGGGUCCCUCUGGAGACUUAGCCAAAAUAUUUCUGAGCUAAAAGAUGGUGAAUUGUGGAAUAAAUUCUUUGUGCGGAUUCUGAAUGCCAGUGAUGAGUCCACAGUGUCUGUUCUGAGGGAACUCGCAGCAGAAAUGAAUGGGGUGUUUGACACGACAUUCCAAAGUCACCUGAACAAAGCUUUAUGGAAGGUAGGGAAGCUGAUUGGUCCUGGGGCUUUGCUCUUCCAGCAAGAUAGGCAGCCAAGUGUCUCGCAGAUGUCUGCCUGAAACCACUGGUUCUGUCGUAGGACCCCAACCUGUGUGUGCUGUCAUCUACUUAGGGCACAUUUAGAUGCACCGCCAACACUCUUCUACUUUUUGGUAGUGGUAUACUUCUAGGUAACUGGCACUUUUUUACACAGCAAUGUACCUACUCUUGUUCUUGUCUAACUAACAAAGAACUGUUCUAUUCUACAUGCUCUGCAUAUGAAUGGGUACCUUGUUGUUUAAUGCAUUUGUCUCUACUUUCCCCUGUACUUUUCCUUUUUGUAAUUUGUGAGGUGUACCCUUACAAUCACUGUGUAUUUUAGUAAAUAAUAAAA